AUGGAAAUGAAGGAUUUUUUUCAUUUGGCGUUUGCUAUCGUGGAUAAUGAAACUGAUGAUAACUGGACAUGGUUUACAUCAACUUUGGGUGAUGUAAUAUACGGUGAUGACGACUACACCAACAUAAUCACAUUCAUCUCGGAUCGGUCGAAAGGACUUGUAAAUGCUAUUGCGAAGGUUUUUCCUUCAUCCCCGCAUGCUUAUUGCUUGCGACAUCUACAUGCAAAUUUUCUUAAAUCAAAUGGGCAGCUAGGAAAGUCAUUAAAAGAUGAGUGCUGGAGUUUGAUUAUGAAGAUUGCAUAUGCAUGUACGUCUUUCGAAUAUGAUGAAGCUUUUGUACUUGCAUUAUUACCCCUAAAUCCUGUUAUAUUUUACAUUUACUAUCUUAAUGGUAUGCUCCACGGUGCAAUUGAUACAACCUAUGUUCACGUUGUUAGGUUUAAGAUGAUGAACAUGAUGUACAACCGACGUAAUUGUUGCUUGAAAUGGGAAUCUUAUCUUUGCCCUGUGAUACACAAGAAGAUUGAAGUGAUAGUCGAAGAAAGUAGGUGCUUACUGAUAGGUUGUUCAAAUGGAGAACAGUUCGAGGUUGUUGACCACCAGAGUAAUUCUGUUAAUUUGUGUGCUCGAACAUACUCUUGUCGCCACUGGCAGGUUUACGGAAUACCAUGUAAGUAUGCUUGCGCAGCGAUUAUGCAAACUGAUACAAAUGUCCAUCGCUUCAUUGAAUCAUACUACACUGUCAAAUCCUACAAGUUGAUAUACAAAGAAUCGAUAUUCCCUGUACCAGAUCAUGGCAAACCGUUGGAUGACUCUCGCUAA